AGUAGAAAUAUUUAUAUACCGAUAGGAAUUAACAAUUUGAAAUUAUGUCGGAACUUCAAGCUUUACGCCUUUCAGUGAAGGAUCGCAUUUACCUUUGGCUCCACCGCUCAAAGGAAAUUAAAUAUAGCACCGUUAGGGGAGCUCGUCGUGCUGUUGUAGAUUUUCUUGUGUACAUCAUAUUUGUGGCACUGGCCUCAGUUGUCACACAGAUGAACAACACUAAGAAUAUGUACUACUAUAACAAUGCUCUGCAGAGCCUAUUGGUAAAGCGUGCGAUAAACUUCGAAUACAAUCCGAAUGGAAAAUUUGAAGAUAUUCAUAACAUCGAUCGGUUUUGGGUCUACACCUUGGAUGUAUUAUUAAACUUUCUCGAAAAAGGCGACUUUCGACCGAAUGAUCCGGCCGCAAUCUAUACGUUUCCCAACGAGACGUCUUUUUACGAUGAGCUCUACGGCAAUAUGGUCGAGCGAAACAUAUACCAUGGCAACGUGCUGCUCGGACCACCGCGUCUCAGACAGAUCUGCGUGAGAGAUGGUCUGUGCCCCACCAAUCCCGUAUUCUCCAAGAAGUCGCCCACCUGUUAUGCACCAUACUCGUGGUCCGCUGAGAGCCGUGCAAACCAUCAGGGAUAUCAGUGGGUCAGCAUGGCAGAGGAUGGUGCAACGCCAAUCAAUGGCAUUUUAGACUGGUAUUUCGGUGCCGGAUUCAUACAGAGGCUUACAUACAACUAUAGGGAAAAUGUGGAAAUAAUUAAGAAUUUACGCGAUAACGAGUGGUUCAGCCGUAAUACCCGAAUUGUUAUUAUUGAGUUCAAUUUAUAUCAUAUCAUGACAGAUUUGCUGGAGAUCGUGAAACUGCGAUUUGAGCAACCUUCGUUUGGUGGAAUUUUUCCCAGUGCCACAUUCACUGCGUUACGGAGACAUUCGAUCUUCACCACAUCCGAUUGGAGCUUACAAGCUGUGGCCUGUUGCUACUUUCUGAUGGUCAUAAUGUUUACAGUUAGAGAAAUUGCGAUUAUAUUUCGAAUUGGUUUUAAAAAAUACAUACACAGUUUUUUCAAUUUUACGGAUUUUACUAGCUACUUGUUAUCAUUCAUGUCACUGGUGAUGCAAGUGGUCCAUCACUUCUAUAUUGAGAGCUUAAUGCAGAAGAAGAAGCAAACUGAUCAAUAUAUUUCUCUUGACUGGGCCUGUUUCAUGGGAAACGUUGCUACUUAUAUUAAUGGAAUUGCUAUUUUUAUGAUCUGGAUACGUUUGCUUACCUUUUUGAUCAUUAAUCGUACCAUGACGGUCUUUAAGAAAGUGCUGCUAAGAAGCGUCAACGAACUGAUUGGAUUUACGGUCGUGUUGCUUAUCAUCCUAAUGGCCUAUGCAGAGUGCGGUUUGGUAUUAUUUGGCGUCAACGAUGUGAAAUUUUGCAGUCUGAGUGAUUCAUUGAUAUCCAUAAUGAGCUUGGCGGCGUGUAAAUUUGCAUACGAAGAGAUUACGGACAAAAAUAAGGUGAAAACAAGGAUCUACUACAUUUCCUUUGUGCUGAUUGUCUAUGUGCUGCUGGUGCUGCACGCCUGCCUGGGCAUCCUCCUUGCCGCCUACGAUGAGAUCAGCGCCACAGUAAAGACUAAGAAAUCCAAAUUGACUAUCGUCAUUCGUAUGUUUUUCAUAAGUUUGUACGAUCUGAUUUAUUUGGUCUUCUGUCGCAAGCGAAAAUUCCGCCAAAAGGUUGACAUAGAUGAAGAGGGUGAAUGGGAAGUGGAUCACCACUUUAUUCCCCAAAUGGUGUCCAGCUUGACUGCCAAACGAAAGCAUCCGAUCGACAAUCCAGCCCCCCUAACCCCGGAUAUGUAUCUGCCUUUGCGCAUGAAAAGGGUUUCCAAACGUCUUAUUAUUUUGGAGGAGGUAAUUCUUCCAGUCCUAAAGCGUUUGCUCAGGUAUUACAAUCAACUGCGCAGAGAACAAGGGCUGAACGAGAUACUAUUUGAGCAAUUAGACUUGACUAUUUAGCACA